AUGUCUGAAAAAGUAUCAGCACUUUCAUUUAUAGCCCAAAGCUUAUUAGGCUAUAGCUUUCCUCCUACAAUUUAUGAUACACUUGCAGCAGGAUCGUCAAAAAGUUUAUUAAAAUCAGCCCAGGCUCUUGAAAAUGAAAACGUCAUCCUCAAUCAAAAUUUAAAAUUUGUUCUUUCAGAACUUAAAAUCCUCAACCAAUCAAAAUACGAGGAAAUCACCAAGGUACUUGAUAGCAAUACAUAUGGCAAAUCGCAAAAAAACCCAAAAAUUACAAGAGAAAGUAUUUUGCCUACUAACUUAUAUGACCUUGCAUUACAAAAAUUUGAAAUUGAGCCUAUUCAAGCCACAAAUCCAGCUAACGAUAAAGAAUUUUGCAAAGUUUACCUAUAUAAUAAUAAAAUGGCUACGAUCGGAAUUAGUUCUCUCCGAGAACUAUUCCUUCCUUCGCUUUUAUUAUUAUGGGGUUCAGUUUUCCACUUGGAUUUUUAUCCGCAACACCAAUAUGGAAUACCGCAUAGGGUAUUUCUUUAGUCCAGGGGUGUUAGGAGGUAUAUGGGUUUUCUGAUUGACACACCCGAGGAGGGUGACCCUUAGGCGGAACACGCGCAGAAGUCAAGUUCGGCCGAGGUAACGAGGCCAGUGCGGACCUUCUGGCUUGGCGAGAUGCGUCUUCUGGAAUGCCUGCAAGAUCAGGAUGGCUGCUGACGUCACCAAACUGGGAGAAAAAGAUGGGCUUAUGCAUGCCUAAAUCAUCCUGCUGAAGAGGGAAGACGCUUUAAAUACCUAACUCCCCCCCCCUCCGUGAGCGAACAAAAAAAUUUUGUUCGCUCACGGAGGGGGGUUAAUUUUUUUUUUUAAAAAAAAUUUAUAUAUAAAUUUUUAUAAAAAAUAUUUUUUUCGAAAUUUAAAAAAAUCCUAAUUUGCAAAAAUUGGGAAGCAAAUAUUAAUUUAAUUUGCAAAAUUUAUGUUUUAAAAACGCAAUUUGUUUAAAAUUAAACAGAAUUAGCUCUAGAUUUCAUUAUACUAAUUAUCACUUAUAUAUCAAAAUUUUUUUCCAUUAAAAUUUUUUCUAUUAAAAAAAUUUUUGUUCACUCACGGAGGGUUUUUGGUCAAAAAAUGGCGAUUUUUCUAAUGGUUUUGUUCGCUCACGAGGGGGGGGGGGGGGAGUAAGUAACUAAGUAAGUAAGCAAAGUUUACCUACAAAACUUAGAACUAUUAAUAAAAGCAGCCUUAAAUGAAAAAGAAAAAAGCAUUUUACUAGAAAGCGAAUUAAAUUCUAUUACAUCUAAACUCCAAAGUCACUUAAGAGAAUACGAGAAUUCAAUCAGAAAUAUCGAAAAGUUCAAAGGAAAACCGCAAAUUGAUAACAAUGGUCCUAAAUCUUUCAGAAGCAUUGGUAAAAUAUUAUCAUACUUAAGCGAGCUGGAUAACGUUUUCUAUAACUUAUCUUUGUCAUUUAAGCAGCCUUAUAGUGGAGAAACGUGUGUGCAAGACCUCAUUUCUGUAAACGGGGGCUUAUUACAAUGCUUAAAUUCACUAUCUAAUUCUCUGAAUUUAAAAGACCAAGAAAUAUCUGAAAAAAUUAUAUCUUUUUCUAACGAUUUAUCAAAACUCAGCUUAAUUUCAGGACAAAUAUCCUCAAAUUCAGAUAUUUUCAUAAAGAAUGAUUUAUUUAAAUCAUUUUCUGAACAGAUGUCACAAAAUUUGGCUUCUUUUUGUGCGAUUCAUACUUUACUGAUAGACCAUGUCCCAGAAUGCACAACGAUGCCAGAGGUUAUCAAAUGUUUUUCAGAAGCUUUAAAAGGCUCAGAUUCUACUUUGCGUCUUAUGAUCGAUGUAUUUUCGGGGUCAAAUAGGCAGCUAUAUAGAACCUACGAAACACUAACAAAUUAUCGUAUAAAAUUAGAUAAAUCAGCUAGGGAAAUUACAAAAGAAAAAACGUUGCAUCAGAAAUGAGAAAUGCUUGAAGAAUGCUUACUUCACCCCGCGUAAGUGAACAACUAAUGGAGGGUGUUAAUUUUUUGUAAUAUAAAAAUUUAUAUUGAAUUUUUUUUAAAAUAAGUAAAAUUUAAAUUGCAAAAUUUAUGUUUUAUAACGCAAAUUAUUUUAAAUUAAAUAGAAUUAGUUAGAGAUUUCGUUAUAAUAAGUAUCACAUAUAUAUCGAAAUAUUUUUUUCAUGAUUAAAAAAAUUUUUGUUCGCUCCUGAGGUUUAAUCAAAAAUAGGGAUUUUUCCCAAUGAUUUUGUUCGCUCACGUAGAGGGGUUAGAGAAUUCAUACUCAUUACUGUCACAGCAUGAAUCUCUAAAAAAAGAAUUAAUUAGUGGUAUUAAAGGUAGUGAGCUAGCUGGCAACAUACUCAAUAAAGUAGCGCCUACGCUAGAAAAAUGUGAAGAUACUACUGAAAAUAUGCUAAACAAAGUUCAUAUAUACCUAUCUUCUAAGAGUAGUCCAGUGUUGGCUGGAGAUUGAAGGCUGAAAACUAUUUAGUUGGUUUGGCCAACUCGGAUUGUCAAGCCAACUGGAGAGCUGCAAAUGAGUCUCUCUCCAGUUAGUUUGACCAAAUUGAAAUGUCAAACCAACAGGAAAGUUUCAGCAUUCAAUCUCCAUACCGAGCCUCUCAGAGGAGAUGAGUAUAUCAUCAUUAAUUAGAGACUUAAUUGAAGAUACUAACGGACUUAAAAAACAAAGGCUUGAAUUAGAAAAAGUUCAUGAUUCAGACAUGCUGAAGCUUAGCAUGAUGCUUGAAUUAAUAUCAAAACAUGCAAAUCUCCAUGGAAAAAUGUAUAAUGCAGUACCACAUUAUGAGCCCGAAAUUAAUAUAAGCGAAGUGCAUCCUAUUGAGAUUAAAGAGAUUGACUAUGUGCAUAGUCCUGAAUUAUUAAGCCCAAGGACUCCAAGUCCAUGCAGGAGCCCUGCAUUAAGUCCAAAGCCUAAGCCAGCAAUAGGUGAUGAUUGGAAUGGAAUAUUGGACCUUGUAGAGUCUAUCACAACAACCGCAUAUCAAAAACUAACACUUCCACAGUCUAUAUCACAAGAAGAUUUUCAUCUUAAAGUUGAGCCUUAUAUAAGAGUGAGCAGAAGCAUAAGAAGAUCUCCUUCACAAACCCCUGAAGAUGAACUUAUUGACUGCUUAAAAAACCAGCUUCAAUUUAUCUGGGAUAUAUUAAAUAAUGAUGAAUGUCUCAAAGAAGUUUCCCAAGCCUUGCAAAACAUUAUUACACUGCUGGUUAAUUCUGAGGAUAAAUCAGAAAAUACUCUUAAAAAGAUCACGACUAUUUUCACAAUUCCUUCUGAUGAGAAAAAAGUGAUUAAAAGAAGGACUUUUCUAAGCGUAACAUACGCUGAACCUUCUGAAGGAGAGCAUUUUGCAACAAUUUUUAACCUGAUUGAUGAUUUAAGAAAGCAUCAAAACACACUUGAAGGUAUGGAAACGAAAAAAAUGGAGAUAUUAGAUAAGCAAGAAAUUCCGGGUGCAGAUCAAAUGAUUUGCCUUUUUGAUAGUGUCCAUUUCACCGAAAAAUUUUUGGACGAAAAUUGAUCCAAAAUUUUUGAUAGUGGGACAUUUGACCGAAAAAUACUGUUAAUUUUCGGCCAAAUAUCCGCACUAUCAAAAAUUUUCGACCAAAUGGAUUUCGAUGAAAUGCACACUGUCAAAAAUCCGCGGAAAUUUGACAUUGAGCCAGAAAUUCCAGUUAAAAAUAUUGAAGUUUUUGAUGAAAUGCUUGGGAUAAUUAAGAUGAAAUACCCAGAUUUAGUAAAAGAUGUAGAAAAUAUUAAAGAUUCUGAGCCGAUGAUAGAAAUAAGAGUAAAAAUAAGCCAGUUAAAAAAGAAUUUUGAUAAAUUUCAGCCUAAAAAUCAGGAAAGAAUUGAUCCGAGAAUAAAUGAAUGUUUGAAAGUUAGCAAAACUAUUUUUGAGCAGCUGAAAGACAAGAUUGAAGAUUUUGAGGGAAAGUUUGCAGUAGAUUUUGAGAAUAUUCAUAAUGAUUUAUAUAAAGACGAAGAUAACAAUGAUCAAAUAGUUUCAUUAUUAGAAUCCGAAAAGUGCAAUUUAAUUCUGGCUUAUAAUAUUGAAGCAAAACAAAAAGAAGGAGAAGAAGAUGAAGUGAUUGCAAAUAUGCAUACUAUUAAAAAGCCUAACUCCCCCUCUCCAUGAGUAAGCAAAACAUUGGAAAAAUCCCUAUUUUUGGGUGAAAGCCCACUCUCAGUAGCGAACAAAAAAAUAUUAAUAUAAAAAUUUUCAUGAAAAAAUAAUUAAUAAUUAUUUUUUAAUGAAAUAUUUAGCCCUGUUGAAUGUUUUUACAUUUUGGGUUAUAAAACAUAAAUUUCACAAAUAAUAUUUGCUUUAAAAUUAUUUCGAAUUAGAUUAGAUUAUUAAGUAUCCGGCCAUAAGCGCUCCCGUAGGCACUGAUCAUACGCCUGCCUCAAUUCCAAAAAUGCCUUGACGCCAUUUUGGAUUUCCUACCUGAACCACCUGUUCAGGAGGUUAGGCACCCUGAGUAGACGAGCGCCCCGAUGGUCCCGAUGAGGAAAGACCAUGUGGUAGGCAAAACCUGUCUAGCCCAUCUGGCAGGGAUAGGGAAAAUCUUCGGGGAGAAACAAAACACCCUGCUUCGGCAAGCUUCCCAUUGAGACAGUCUACUUGAGCCUAAAGGCACAUUUCGCCACCUCUCUCGCCGGUCCAAAGCUCCAUCAGGAGAUGUCGCCUCGGAGUUAUUUUUUAUUUCGAAUUAUGAUUUUUUAUAUUUCGAAAAAAAAUUUUUACUAUAUAUAAAUUUUUAUGAAAAAUUAACCCCUUCCAUGAGUGAGCAAAAUUUUUUGUUGGCUCUCGAAGGGAGUAAGCAAACCAAGCAAAAGGUGAGAUCAAGCAAAAAGCCUGCAAAUGAAGAUAAAGAUAUGAGGAUACUUCUAAAUUCUGUUGAUAAUCUUACAGAAAAUAUUUCAAAAACUAUUAAUAUCAGCUUGGAUGAGAUUCAGGAUAUCAAAUUGGAAGACCCUUUAUUAGAAUUAAUAGAAAAACUAGAAAAACUUAAUGAAAAACUCAUCUUGCAGUAUGAAACUGCUCAAGAAAAGCCAGAAAUUCCAAAACUAAACUUUAAUUCAUUAAAAGAAAACGCAAAAGAAAUUGAUGCAAAAAAUAAACAUAUUGAGAAACUUGGAGAAGAAAAUAGCAAGUUGUCUAAAAUCAUCCACACAUUAAGACUUGAACUAGAAAUUUCAAAUAAAUCACUUGCUGAAGCGCAGCAAAAUAAUUAUGAAUUAAAAUAUGACCUCAAAGAAAAAGAAGAGACAUUGAAAACCAAAGACAUCCUCGAAGAAAAAAUAAAGAAAUUAGAAGAAAACAAUAAUGACUAUGAAAUACUCCAAGCUAAAAUAGAAGGAUUUGAGCAUGGCGGAAAAGAAGGAAUUGUAAAUAAUCUCACUGAUCUAUUGCACAAGAAAGUUGAAGAAUUAAAUAAUUCAAAGCGCGCUGAAGAAGAGUUAAAUACAGAAUUAAAUAAGUCAAAAGAAAAAAUAAGGAAGCUUUUACUAAAGCAUCUACUUAUAAGAGGAAUAUUCCUUGGCCGUCUCAGAAUACUCUUAUCAUUCCUUAAAUGGAAAAAAUUCACCGAAGUACCAGCUCUUUCUUUUGAUCUCCUUUCUCCAUCUCCUCGAGAAUCUUUAAGAUUUUCAUUUUCUCCAAGACUUAGUAUGGCAAGCUAUUUUUCACCAGAAAAGUCUAUAGAUUUCAAAGAAAAUAUUCAAACAGCUAAACAAAUUCUUACUGACGAGAUCCCUAAACGAAAUUCCAAGCUGGAACUGCACCAAUAUGAAGCCAAAGAGAUUUCUAUAGACCUUCCUCUAUUAUUCGAUUUCUUUGAGGAGUUUAUGGAAGCUAAAUACCAAAAGGACGUAAAUGAUUUUGAGAAAAAAAUAAAACUAAGCACAAUCCCUGACUAUUUUUAUCAGUAUUUGAAUAAAAAAUACACAAUUAAGCAAGUUGCAGUGAAACAUAUAGCAAAUAUUAUGCAGACGCUCAACUUUUUGUACCAUGAAAAGCAUUUCUAUGGAUCUUUCAUAUGCAGAAUGCUGCAGAUAUAUCAUAAAGACCCAAUCCCUUAUCAAUUAGGCUUAUUUUUGACAAAAAUCAAGCAUGAUUUAAAUGAGUUGAUUAAUGCAGCUAAGCCAAGGCUCGAAAAUUUUGAAUAUAGAGAGUACUCUGGAGGGGAAAUAUUUUUACCUGAUUUAAUUGAUUUUAUUGUCAAGCUGUUUUCUGAUGAUAAAAAAAGCGGAAUUUUGACCCUAAAAUUGCUCAAGCCAGAAUUUUCUGAAGAAAUCGCUCUAUUUAGGUUUCUUCAUCAAUUCAAAAAUAUGAAUAUAGAGCCUAGAGCUUUAUUUAAUGAAAUAAAUGAGGAUGGGAAAGUUGAUAUGCAGCAUUUUAUUCAAGGAAUUAAGGCGAAAACCCAGUUAUGGGCAUUUGAUGAAGAAAUGCAAAAAAUGUUUAUAUCGAUCGAUAAGAAUAAAAAUGGGUUUAUAACAGAAACAGAAUUUAUUGAAAAAUUUGAUUUUUCUGUUUACCAAGCAAUGAUAAAUGACAGUAGUUUUUUAAUUACGGGCUCACAAUUUCUCACUGUUUUAAUUGAAGUGUUCCAUGCUAAACAAACAAAAGAUGCAGCAUAUCUAAGUACAGUUAUCCAGCAAAAAGGAUCCGCAUUCAAUAAAAUUCAAUUCAAAGAAAUAAUUCUUCAGCUUGACCCUAGUUUGCCUCAAGAUAAAAUUGACUUUUUAUAUAAGAAAGCUAGAGAAAUAAGCAGUUCUGACGAUAUUAGUUUUCAUGCGAUUUGUAGGGUUGUUUUAAGAUAUGGAGUAGGGAAAAUGGGCUAUGGCGUUUUUCAUAUUCCUCAGCUAGAACAAUUUGAAGUUGAUACAGGCUUAGAGACUUUUAACUGGGCAUGGGGAAGUGAAAGCUUAGCUGGGCUUCAGACUCUAAGAGCUUUAGACAAAGAAGAAAACAGCCCUAAAGCAAGAGAAACAGUGACAACGACAAUAAAGCGAACUAUUAAGAGGAAAUCAAUUAAAAUAAUUAGAACUAACUAA